AUGUCUGAUUACUUUAGUUCCAGACCUCUGCAGACGCUCACGCCGAUGGGUAAUAGGCCCACUGGCGAUGACGCCUCCUCCAUCCACUCAAAGAGUUCCCAGUACUUGAUGGAUAUCUUACCGGAUUCAAUGACCUUGAACGAAAGCGUUUCUCCCACGGUAGCCAACAGUCAAGCGAAGGAGUUUAUUUUGCCCGAAACGGAUGAGAGAUCUCCUUACUUCAUCAACGUCCCCAUACCCAAGGCCCAACCAACUUCAACUUCGGAAACGAAAAAGCCCCUUUCUGGCGACGAAGCCAUCGACGGGCAGUUUGUUAAGGAGUAUCCAACCGAUAUCCUUGUAGACAGGUUUUAUAAAUGGAAGAAAAUUUUGAAAGGUUUGAUCAUUUAUUUAAGGGAGGUUGCUUAUUCUCAAGAACAGUUUGCUAGAAUCAACUAUCAGCUGAAAGGGUCUGUCAAGUUCCCCUUCUUAACCGAUAUUGAUGAAACCACAAAUACUAUAACGGACCCAUUUACAGCGGCUCCCAGAGGGCCCAAGAAACCGCAACCACCACAGAAAAAAGUAGUUCUGACUGAAAAUGAACAAUUUCAAAUGCAAAUGCAACAAGAACAACGAGAAAACCCACUUCAACCCCCCACAGAUGAAAGCAAAAUGAGCUUGGCGCCUCACGAAUACAAGCCCGUGCAAACUGCAGAAUCAGACAACACGUCAGCUGCAUCCGGAUUUCUUAAAUUUGGGUCAGGCUCUAUCCAAGACGUUCAGGUUAUUUUGAAGAAGUAUCAUCUUUCAUUAGCUAAUCAACAAUUUAAGAUCUCUAAAGAAAUCACGUCUACCAUUAUCCCUAAACUAGAAGAACUAAGAAAAGAUUUGAGAUAUAAGAUUACGGAGAUUAAAGACUUGCACGGUGAUUUCAAAACAAACAUCGACGCUCAUGUUCAGUUAACAAGUCAACUACUGAAAAAGUAUAUCGCGGCUGUGAAAUUUAUGAACGCUCAUGGCAUCGGGAAUAAUAAGCCCACUUCUGCAAAUAAGAAGCCGCACAAACUAGACCCCAAGCACGACCCAUAUCUUUUGAAACUACAACUAGAUUUGCAACUCAAGCGUCAAGUUGCAGAGGAAACUUACUUACAAGAGGCGUUUAUCAACUUACAAACUUCAGGGUUACAGCUAGAAAAGAUUAUAUACACAAAAAUUCAGCAUGCCCUAUUACGUCAUUCUGCUCUGAUUGAUUCUGAGGCUCGUUUGAUGAUCAAAAAUAUGUGCCGAGAACUACAACAUGGUAUAAUCUCAAAGCCGCCCGCGCUCGAAUGGGAUAAUUUCGUCACUCAACACCCUUCCUGUUUACUCAAUUGGAAAUCUAAUGACCCUAUACCACCUUUAAGAAAAGUUUCCGACGUCGUUUAUCCCCAUAUGAAGUCUCCGUUGGCUAAGUGUAUAAAAGCAGGCUAUUUUUUGAAAAAAUCAGAACUACUGCCCACGUAUCAUCAGGGAUAUUUUGUCUUGACGUCAAAUUAUAUCCAUGAAUUCCAAAGCAGUGAUUUUUACAACAUGUCAUCCUCUGCUUCAACUUCCACAAAACCUUCAGCUUAUUCCUCCUCGGCUUCCAUUACUGAUGCUUGUUCUGGCGCUAAUAGUAGUAAACCCAACACCCACCAUCGCCAAAUCAGCGAUACUCAAAACAGCAGCGUCACUACUGCCGGUGCAACCGCUAUAAAUGGCACGCGUAGUAUUCGCAAAAAGAGUUAUUUGGCGCCAAUUAUGAGUAUUCCUUUAAAUGAUUGCACCGUAAAAGAUGCCUCUUCUACCAAGUUUGUACUCGUAGGAAAGCCCACCCUCAAUGAAAGUGUAGAUGUCAGGAAAACAAGCUCCAGUACAUAUUUAUCCAGUAGUUCGCAAACAUCCCUACCAAAGUAUGGUCACGAGACGGCAAAAAUAUUCUCGAAGGCUCCAUUCCACAAAUUUUUGAAGGGAAGUAAACCUAAAAGUAAGAACUCAAAAUCAAGCGAAUUGGACCAAUUUUAUGCUGCCGCUCAAAAAGAAUCAAACAAUUACGUAACUUGGACUUUCAAAAUAGUAUCCCCAGAGCCUACCGAGGAGGAAUUAAAGCAUUUCAAGCGGUGGGUCCAAGAUUUGAAAAAUUUGACAAGUUUUAAUGAUACUAAAGAAAGAAUCAAAUUUAUUGAAGAUCGUGUCAUGAAAUCGCACCGAUUUAAGGCAGGACAUAUGUCAAGAAAUAGUAUAAACAUCGGUUCCCAUACAUCUUGUCUAACAGACAGCUCGUUCACAUUACAAGACUGUACCACCACCUCCCUCAAUCCAAAAGGUAGGGCAGACAAACCUCAGUAUAUUCAUAUUCAGAACAGUCCUCUGGCAGAUUUCGAUGGAAAUGGUUUUAGGUCUAAGGUUAACACACCGGCCAUCGAUGACUAUGGCAAUCUGAUCACAGUAGAAAGAAGGCCUGCUCAAUCGCCACAUCAAUAUCCUGAAUACGCAGCCACUUCAGGUAAUACAACGCCCUCUUAUUCAUCUGGUUCAAGACCCCAGAGCAUGUAUGGCGGGUGCAACCCGGCCGUGUCAAUUACCAGUAAUGGAAUGAUGCUGCAACAGUCGACAAUAAACGGCAAUAAUAACCCAACAGCUAGCUUGCGCCAUCAAAGAAAUGUUUCACAGACUAGCUCUUUGCCAGGCUUUUCAUAUACAUCCCCAUCAUUACCAGUAAAUUCUCCGGGCAGUUCCAAUUCUGAAUCCAGCUCAGGAGGAUAUUUUGCCAUUCCUCUUCAUGGGAGCAACAACAAUUGCAUGCAAAAAAAUUCUGAAGACUCGAGCCCAUGUUAUAAUGAUGAUAUACGGCAACAGCAACAACCACAGCAAAUGCAAUCUUUAUCAAGGACUUCAAGUUCAAGUAUAAAUGUCACAGGAAUGAGAAGUACAUCCGCUGGGAACCCACCUACCGCAAACGUUGCGAUUGUACCUAAAGUAAUGGUCAAUAACCAAAAUGUUAAAACUGUUUCUGCUGAUCAUUCAGCUACGGCUUCCUCGUCACCUACUAUGAACUCUCCUCUGACAACGACCAACAGAGAAUCACCAUACCAAGCCCUCAAGAAAACGAAUAGUACAGGAAAUGUUCCUUGUUUGAGCACCGAAAAAACUCACGCGCAUCCUGCUUUUUAUAAACGAGGAAAUAAUAGUGCUCAAAAUUUGACCACAUCUGCUACAACAGCUUCUAGAGUACAUCCUAUUAGAAAGCAUAAGAAAAACGUAUCAUUCAGCUCGCUCAAUAGUUUGAUGUUUUCAAAAAAAGGUGCCAAUUAUGGUGGUAAUUUAAUGACAAACCAAUUUAUGAGUGGCGGAAUUCAAGAAGAUGACGGAGAUUCAGGUAAUAACGAUUCUAUAAAACUAAAUCAGUCAAUCUAUUCUUAA